AACCAAAUCAAAUUUGAUUUUCGUCCGUUGCCGUUGAUUUUUUUGAAAAGUUUCCAUUUUGUUACUCACACGAGAAAUAUAUUUUGUUGUUCAUUUUGUUUAAUUUGUUAAAUAAUCACGAUUAAUAAUGUCUGAGAGAAACUCAUCACGUUUGUCGGCGUACAAAAAUGCUGGCCAAGGGACAACUGAUCUCCGCCGCAAACGAGCUGAGCUCAGCGUGGCUCUCCGUAAACAAGCCAGAGAUGAACAGCUCCUCAAGAGAAGGGCUCUCUCCCCGGAAGCUGGAGAUGAGGUUCAGGAAGAGGAAGUCAAGGUGUACACCACUUCGGAGAUUGUUCAAGGUCUUCGCUCCAACGACUUACCAACGAUGACGGCGGCGGCGCGCGCAGCUCGUCGCACGCUGUCCAAGGAACAGAACCCGCCCAUCUCCACCAUGGUAGCCGCCGGAGUCAUCGGACCGUUGAUCCAGGCUCUGGAGCGAGAUGACUGCUCAGACCUCCAGUUCGAAGCAGCAUGGGCACUAACCAACAUCGCAUCUGGGACUCACGAACACACCAUGGCUGUUGUUGAUGGCGGUGCAAUCCCAAAGCUAGUAGCCUUACUAGCUCGCGGCGGUUCAGUAGGCGAGCAGAGUGCGUGGGCUCUCGGCAACAUUGCGGGCGACGGGCCGCAGACCCGGGACUCCGUGCUGGCUCACGGAGCCCUGGCUGUGCUGCUACCACUCAUGACUUGUACCACUCCCGCUAGUCAGCUCAGGACUGCUGUUUGGACUUAUAGUAAUUUCUGCAGGAACAAGAACCCGCUAGUAAAGUUCGAAUACGUGUCUCCCGCUCUGCCGUACAUAGCUGAUCUCUUGGAGAUUCCCGACCAAGAUGUCUUAGCGGACGCAUGCUGGGCUCUCUCCUACCUCACAGACGGUCCGAACGAGCGCAUAGAAUCAGUACAAGUGACGCCGAACCUGCUUCCCCGCGUCAUAUCGUUACUGAACCAUAAUUCAGCUGCCGUCAGGACGCCCGCGCUCAGAGCUAUUGGAAACAUGCUUACUGGGUCUGAUGAACAGACAGACCGCUGCCUAGACGCAGGCUGCUUAACCCACAUCAUAACCCUACUCCGCUGCAACAAACCCUCACUCAUGAAGGAGGCGGCCUGGGCAGUCAGCAACAUACUAGCCGGCACCCAGGCUCAGAUACAGCGGGCCAUACAGGCUGGGGUACUGGAGCAUCUACUAUAUGUGCUUACUAUUGAUGAUAUCAAAUGCCGCAAAGAAGCAGCGUGGGCGAUCACGAACCUGUGUCUCGGCGGUACUCCGGAGCAACUCGACGCACUACUCUCCGUCGGGUUCCUGGAGCCCUACUGCGCGCUACUCAACGCUCCCGACCAUAGAGCCAUAUCCGUAGUGCUGGAUGGACUUACUAAUUUGCUGCAGGCGGCGGUGAAAUACGGACAAAUUGAAGCUCUCUGCUUGAAGCUAGAAGAGAAUGGUACUUUAGAUCAAAUCGAGAAUCUACAGCAACAUGAGAAUGAACAGAUCUACAAGAAAGUCCUGCACAUCCUAGACACAUACUUUGCGGAGCAGGACGAUCCCAACGCGCAGCCCACGCAGACCGAGGAGGAAUACCAGUUUGGAACCGCAGGGGGACAGAAUAUCAACUUCUAGAACCCUUCAUAUAUAUUUAGUACAGUUAUAUCGCCCACCUAGUAAUAUAUUGGCACAUCUGCAAAAAAUACGAAAUUGACUUUAUAUGGUUUACGUGUUUAAAAGUGCAUAAUCUACAUAGUGAUAAAUCGGCACAACUCUAGUUUCCAAAUUCAUCGAGAGAGGUCGUAAGUGUCAUUAUACCAUUAUUGCAGUUUCCCCCUUCACCCACGUAAAACAACGGUUCAUUGGUCAGUAAACUAAAAACUAAACAAGUCAGGUAAACUAUGAAAACCGUAAAUGUGCCAAUAUAUUACUAGGUGUACGAAAUUGUUCAAAUAGUGCCUUAAACAUCUCUAAAACUGAGUACACUCGGUUUUGGAAUUAUUAAUCAUCAUAUCAGCUACAAUCUGUCCACUACCCCAAAUACGCCUCUCCCAAGCUGUAAUAUUCCUAACACGACGUUCUACGUGAGCGAUUUCGUAGCAAACGUGAAGCGGUGCAGUGACACGCGAAUUCAACGCGAUACGGUAUGACGGCGGUAUGUCCUACGUACAUGUGAAUUCGUUUCGUUUUGUUUCUGCUUCUAAUAUUAUAAACAAAAACGUGACGGCAUCGCGUCCAGCGCGACAAUAUCAAGCCAUUGGUCGCGUCCGCGCCGCACAGUAACCCACGUGCGGUAGGACACGUCAAUACAUUUCGCGAGUUUGUUGUUUUCGCGCCGCGCCGGGUCGCUUCGCGUUCGCUUCUAGAUUGCUCACGUAGGACGUCGCGAAAAGCGAAUCUCUUUCAAUAAAUUAUAAUCUAUUUUAUCUGCAACUUAGUACCCAAAUCAUAUCAUACUCCCCUAGCGCGCUACAUGUCACACAGCUUGCUACGCGCAGUAGUUACAGCUGUGUACAGUCUGUCACUCUCUCAGUCAUUAUUCAUAAAAAAAAUAUAAUUUGUAUUUACUUUUCUAUAAGUGUAAGAUCAUCAGAAUCAAUCUCUAUAUAUAAAAAUCAAUUGCUGUUCGUUAGUCUCGCUAAAACUCGAGAACGGCUCGACUGAUUCGGCAAAUUUUGGUCUUGAAUUAUUUGUGGAAGUAGAAAAAUAAAAAUAUGUUUGAGGCGGUACGAAGUUUGCCGAGUCAGUUACGCCCGAAUACUGAAACGCUACUAAAUUUUAAGUUGUACUUAAAUAUCGUGCUAUCUAUGUCAUUUUAUAAAGAAUUGAUAGUAACAGAACUACAUUUGAGAAUGUCUUAAAAUUUAAUAAAGUUUGAGUAUUCGGACAUUAGUCGCUUAUAAGUUUAAUUUAAAAUCUAAUCAAGCUGGUUCUUGAUACCUACUAACAACUUUAGUUAAAUUUCUAACUUUUUAAUAAUAUAAAUUAAUGUAGGAAAAAUUUUUAGCUGUUUUUUGUAAUUGUUACUCCUAUUUAGUACUCGACUUAGGUCCAAGAUCGAUGUGACAUGUUUGUAUACUAACUACAGAGUCCGUAGCAAAUCGCACUUUUCUGUAAUUUAAUUUAAUUUUUAUAAUAACUAUCGUGAGACAUACUAAAUUAACUAAAAAACCCGUUUUAUUAGCAACGUGCGUAGAUACGGCGACGUCGCGCACGCUGCUCAUGAUGAAGAGUCCCUCUGUGACUCGAAACUAUAAGAGUUUUUAGUUGUAAGCCCCAUGUAGGACGUGAGCCUAUUGCCAUAUGCUGGGCACAAUUCCAAACUCCGUGCUACUACUGAGAAAUUUUCGAAAAUCCGAAAAAAGCCCAGUAAUACUUUGCCCGACCCGUCCGGCAGUCGCACUUGCGACCACUCGACCAACGAGGCAGUCAGUAAAAAUAUAUUAUACUAGCUACUUCCGCGCGGUUUCACCCGCUCUGCUCGGUUCCUAUUGAUCGUAGCGUGAUGAUUUAUAGCCUAUAACCUUCCUCGAUAAAUGCGCUAUCCAACACAAAAAGAAUUAUUCAAAUCGGACCCGUAGUUCCGGAGAUUAACGCGUUCAAACAAACAAACAAACUCUUCAGCUUUAUAAUAUUAUUAGUAUUAGUAUUAGUAUUAGUAUAGAUAUUCUAUUAUACACACAUAGUUCUACACUUAUGGUUUGUUUUAAAACAUAUCACAUUGAUUUUGGCUUAGUAUAUGAGGCUAAUGUAUGAAUGCUGUUUUUGAAAAGAAAGGAAUAUUUUCCAAACUUAUUUGAGCUAACAAGAACUGAUUAAAAUAGUAUUUUGUUAAGUGUUUUUCUGUAAUAAAUGUGUUAUUUUUAGUA